CGCGCUCAGCCCAGUCCGCGCCGCGCGUGUUCCCGGGCGGCUCGGACGUGCGGCGGAGCCGGGCGGAGCAGCGCCGCUGCCUCCAUGGAGCUGCCGGGCUCGCAGCCUCCCCGCGCCGGGCUGCACGCAUGCUGAGCCCCUCCGCCGCACCGCACCGCCGCUCCGGGGGGACCCGGCCGCCGCCAGGAUGCUCCUGCCCACCUUGUACCUCGUGCUGCCCCUGCUGGAUGCACUUUUGUCCGCAGAAGUGAGCGGGCUGCCUGGAGGGGACCGCCUGGACUGCGUGAAAGCCAGCGAUCAAUGUCUCAAGGAGCAGAGCUGUAGCACUAAAUACAGGACACUGAGGCAGUGCGUGGCCGGCAAAGAGAGCAACUUCAGCCGGGCGACGGGCCUGGAGGCGAAGGACGAAUGCAAAAGCGCCAUGGAGGCUCUGAAGCAGAAAUCCCUGUACAACUGCCGCUGCAAGAGGGGCAUGAAGAAGGAGAAAAACUGCCUGCGCAUUUACUGGAGCAUGUACCAAAUCUUACAGGGAAAUGACUUGCUUGAAGAUUCCCCCUAUGAACCAGUUAACAGCAGAUUAUCAGACAUAUUCAGGCUAGCACCAAUUGUAUCAGUGGAGCCGGCACUUUCAAAAGGGAACAAUUGCUUGGAUGCAGCAAAAGCCUGUAACUUGAAUGAUACCUGCAAGAGAUUCAGAUCUGCUUACAUAACCCCCUGCACCAGCAGCACGUCUAAUGAAAUCUGUAACAAGCGGAAGUGUCAUAAAGCCCUCCGGCUAUUUUUCGACAAAGUCCCCCCAAAGCACAGCUAUGGGAUGCUCUUCUGCUCCUGUCGAGACAUAGCCUGUACAGAAAGGAGACGGCAGACUAUUGUUCCUGUGUGUUCAUAUGAGGACAAGGAGAAACUAAACUGCUUGGAUUUACAAGAAUCCUGCAAGAAGAAUUACAUCUGCAGAUCUCGCCUUGCAGAUUUUUUCACAAACUGCCAGCCUGAGUCACGGUCUAUUAGUAGCUGUCUGAAGGAAAACUAUGCCGACUGCCUCCUCGCUUACUCGGGGCUUAUUGGCACAGUAAUGACACCAAACUACAUAGACUCCAAUAGUCUCAGCGUUGCCCCGUGGUGUGACUGCAGCAACAGUGGUAACAACAUAGAAGAAUGCCUGAAAUUUCUGAAUUUCUUCCAGGAUAAUACAUGCCUUAAAAAUGCAAUUCAGGCCUUUGGUAAUGGUACAGAUGUAAACGUGUGGCAGCCCAUCCUACCAGUACAGACCACCACAGCGACAACUACAACAGCCUCCAAACACAGGACUGUGGGUUCAGAGACCACCAACAAUGAAAUACCCACCCACAAUGAUUUGCCAGCAUGUGCAAAUCUGCAGGUACAGAAGCAAAAAUCCAAUGUAUCUGUCGACACCGACCUCUGUUACGAGAACGCUAUUGGGAAAGACAACACAGCAGGAGUCUCCACCAGUCACAUAUCUGCAGAGAAUUCAUUCGCCCUCCCUAGAAGCGUCAAUCUAAGCACACUGCUUAUUCUGAUGACAAUCGCACUGUCUCUCUGUUUGGUCUUAAGUUCGUCAGAAACCUUGUAGCUGCAUAACUAAAGGACAUGUUUAAACAAAAAAAAUCUGUUCCCUGUCCUCUGUUGUUUAUCUGAAAUUCCAGUUCUACGAGCUAAGUUGAGGCACUCUGCUCAAACAGUUUCAUUCAACUGGAAUUGUUUCAAAUAGCUUCUGGUGAUAUUUAGAGGCUCGGUGAAAUACUCGAGGCAGCGCUACAUUCCAAACCCAAAAGGCUUUUGGGCAUGCGGUGUUUUAAAGAGACGGUAUGUAAAUUUGCCUGUAAAGCAACCUGUUUGGAUUAUUUUUAAUUAUUAUUAUUAUUAUUAUUUUGAUUCUGGCCUUUACCUGCGAAGGAAGAUGGCGGUUUUUCUUAAGAUACUAUUGAUCUCAUUUAACGGUUUGGGUUUUCGAAUGAAAUGAACUUCAGACUAACAAGGAUGCCAGGCUUUUCUCACAUGGUGAAUGUUCUCCCAGAGUGUGGACUUUCUGAAACUUCUUCCUUCGAUAGAUUGCUACCGAUGUUUAACUCUUUCAGUGUAUUAGCAUUCUCCUUCUUAAAUGUUUAUGUACUGUAAGUGGUUCUGCAUUCCCUGCUGAGAAGCCAUUAUGAGUCGCAGACAGGUGUAAUGUAAGUCUUUCAGUUUAAAAUCUCAUAAAACAGAGUGUGGUAUAAAACUUUCUAACAGUACUUUUAUCUUUUAAUUAAAAUCAUUUAGCCUUAAUAAGGGGGAAGAUUAACAAGAAGCAACCAUUGUGAAGGCAUCGUAACGCUAAACUUCUUUAAAUCUGAGGAUGAACAUAGACAUUUUGCGAAAGGGUUUCAACUGUACAACUGUUGGUCUUCUAUGCUUCUAUUGUAAUAAUAUAGUCCGGGUACUUUACUGUUGGUUUAAUAAAUGACAUAUGAUUUAUUUCCUCUACUAAAACAGCAUUAUCUGCUUAUAUUUGCAUAGUAAUAUCCAUUUUAAAAGUUAAAGGAGCUUUAUGCCUUCGUUCUCUUAUGACACGUUAGGAUCUGAAAAGAGGAAGUAAGAUAGCGGUGUAGCGUUUAAAUUGGUUUUCACUUUUUACAUUGUUGAAGUCAAUAUAGUGGUCAUUCCCCCAAUUAUAGGGCAGAAUCACCCAAACCUCAUCCGUGGGAGUAGCUUUUACUCUCCGUCAUAGUUCUGUUGCAGCUCAUGCAACUGCUGACAUGAAUAACAAUUUUCAAGAUCGGGCACAUAAAAUUGUUCAACUAGUUUUAAUGGCAAUAUUGCCUGGGUUUUAAUCACUCUGGUUUCAUUCAUUAACACCAAUAGCCUAUGAGUGAUCAUGAGGAUUGUCUGCAGUAUCUGGAAGGGAUUCUUUAAAGCUUUAAAUGUCAUCAAAUAGGCAGCAUUUUGCCCCCCAAGGGCUGUCUUUAUACCUAGCUGUGAUGGCAUGGUGACUGUUACAAGGAGUUACGUUGAAAUGAUCAACAGUAAGCUGGUUUUGGUUGUAUUGAAAGUAGGUGAGAACUUUGCCAGGAAAAGAGAUCAUCACAUUGGAUUUAUGCCUUUGCCUUGAAACAUACAUAAUGUGCUCAGGCUUAGUUUGAAAUGUCUAGAUAAGUGUUUGCAAUAGGAAUAUAAACUGCAGAUUGCUGAAUUAUAAACUAGAACAAUGCUUAGGAGUGUGCAAAAUGUACAUCUCACUAGCAAAUUAUUAAACUAUUGACCUAUCCAUCUUUGGGAAUUGUUAUUAUUGCCAAAAGUAACUAAGAAAUUCAAAAAUUCACUUUUGUAGUCGAAAAUGUGGUCCUGUAAUACAAGGCUCCAAGCAUUCUCUAAAUGAAUUCUACGACACGGCGUUCCACUAAACAUAACAAAUGCGACAAUAUUACUCCUUAAUUCUGUACAGAUAAGAAACUGCAAAUUACUUUCAAAGGCAUCAGAGCUGCUUUUGGAAAAGAAAUGUAUAGUGUAUCAUUACUAGCAAAAUCCCUUGUGGUUGCUGUUGCUUUUCUUGUAAGACCUAAUCAAAUUAUUGAAAAAUAGUGGCAGCAAGAAAAGAUUACUAGAUCCAUGAUAAAAAAAAACAAAACUUUUAUGUCCAAAAGAUUUGGAAAUCUAAUGUAUUGAAAUGCUAAUGACUACAGAAUUAUAAGGAGAAAGCCUGAUAAUACCCAAUUAAAAAUAUUUUAGAAACAAAUCCAUAAACACUGAAAUGAUUAAACCCAUCUUUGAUCAACAAAGGUUUCCCAAAAAUUGUAUUUGUACUGAGCACAUUAAAUAUGUCAAGUAAUAUCUGGAAUGUUAAUAAUCUUACUAGUUCAAUGCACACCUUUUAAAAGUUUUUCUACAUUUGUUUAAAUUAAUUAAUAACCACUAAUUAUCUCUACAUCAUACUGAUUAUUACCGAGACAGUAUGAUCCAGAAUAAAAGUUAUUGAUCAAUUAUAUUGUAAACAAUAGACUAACUCGCUUCUGAUAACAAAAGGGAUUAUUUGGUACCUGACGGAAGAGUUACCUUUCAUCAUACAAUUGUUGUAAGGACAGCCAUGCCUACCAUUAACCAAAAAAAAAAAGCACACCAUUUUUUUGCAUAAAAUUGAAAACAUACUGAACUCUUAAUUUAAAAAUAAAUUGCUUAUUAAACAGACCAGGGGAUAAAAUUAUGAGCCUGAUACUUAAUGAGGUUUUUCCAGACAUCAUCAUGCAAAUGCUGGGAGAUUUGCAGAAGUUGGCUGUGGCAUGGAUGAUGGUGACCUUGUCAACACAGUCAUUUGCUACAGUAGUGAAGUAAGCAAAUUGUUUCAUUUUUUUUCCCGGCUCCCAGCUGCUGUGACUGCAUGGAUUGAGUCCUAGGCAAACAAGCUGGGACCAGAUUUCACAUAUUUAUUCAGUGUGCUUCUGUUACCAGUAGGCAAGCGACCAUCCACAUAAAGGAUGUACCUAUUGAUGACGGAGGCUGUAAUCUGGACGGCUUUUUUUAAGCCAGCUUUUUAUGUAAAGUAAAUCACAUAAUGAAACAGGCAGAGUCAACGGUCUUGAAUGCAAAUUUCCACUUUUCAUAGUGAAUAAUCAGCCUUUAAGUUUCUUUUAAAGAUAGCACAUUAAAGACCUAAUGCACAAUGUGCAGAGAUACACAGUCAAGAUUUUGCACUAUUUAACAUAUGUCUGAAUUUCCCAAGCUCUUGCAAAGGGAAAGUACAGGGACUCUGAUGAAGGGAGAUCUUUUUCAGUUACUAGGAACUGAGAGAGGGGAAGAGAGACGGCGUUUGCAGUCAGAGUGAAAGUCACCAAUGGAUGGAGGUCCUGCCCGGGUCCCAGUGCACCACUAAAUCCCCUUUGGGUGGUCCCCUGAAAUUGUAUUAAAGUCAACAGGCGUUGAAGGUGUUCAGGACCUUGCAAAAAUGGAUCCCUGGGGCUCCAUUGAUGCAUGGGCCCCCUUUCCUCAAGCAAUUUCACUCAUAAAUAUCACUUGGAAGAGGCAAGAGGAGCAGGAGUUCUUAAUCAGCUGCAAAACAUUUAAUUGCUUCUGUCUAGAAACUUAUUUCCAGGUUUGGGGGGGGGGGGUUAUUUAUUAAAUGACCUCCUGAUAAGACUGAGCCUUUGGACAUUGCUAAUUUGAGAAAUGAUAUAGUCUGAACCAUUGAAUUAACAGCAUGAACAACUGCAAUGCUUAAUAGGAAGUAAGGGAAAAGCAGAAAGAAAACAAACCCUUGCAAAUCUCAUUCCUACCUUCACUUACGUUCAGUCUCCCACACUCCCCUGUUCCUUCAGGAGUUAGGACUAUUACAGAGAAAUCCUAAUGAGACACUAUCAAUAUUGUGAGGAAUGAGCAACAGGAAGUAGAGCAUGACCUAACCAAAUGGUAGAAGCAGCGGCAGACCGGAGCGAUAGAUGAGUUCAGAGACUGUUGGAUGAAAGGUAAGACCACCUUCAGGGAGGAAUGGCAGCUACAACACCGCGGGAGAAGAAGACAUUCCCCCGGGAAGUCGUGUGCCUUGUGCUGACAGCUGGGAUUCAUUAUUGCUGAAACAGAAUAAAAUGAUAGAGAAGAGCUGGCCUGGGCCAGGGAUUAUUAUUUGGAGGAACAGCUCUUUUGACUUGGGUAGCAAAAACGUGAGCAUGAGUGUACUUAAACAAGGGUUUCAUAUUUCCCUAUCAAAAGUUACCUGUGCUAACUGUUCAGUUUUUUUGGCUAAUCAUACUUGCAACUUCUUUUUUUAAACAUCAGUGGUGAAUGUAACCUGCUGAACAAUACACAUUUAAUUACAAAACCCCUCAAACUAAAAAAAAAAAGAAAAGGAAACCGGAGCCUUUAUCCUAAGCCACCUUGCUUGGCUGAGAGCCUAAACCCUAUUACAUAUUUCAGCCCUUUGAGGUGUUUCAGAUCCCAGUUCACUCUCCAUGAUAUUAGAUCCAAGUAUUUGCUUCUGAUGAAUUUGGCAGGAAAAUUAACUCAGCGGCCUGUCAAAGAUUUCUUAUUUUUAAAUAUUUACUUUCUUUGAGCAGCUCAGUUCCUGCUCAGACAUUUCAAUUAGCAGCCGUUAUAACCUCUCCUUUGACGCUGAAAGGUCAUUUGUUUCCUUCCCAACCACAUUGUGCUUUCCUUAUAAGGUUUGUCUCAACAGUUUUCUCCAUUUUAUCCUCCUUUUCUCUGAAACAAACCAGAUGAGCAAGGUGUUCUGUGUCGCUCGUGAGCCCUUCGUGACAGUUCCUCCUUUGCUUGCCUAGAGAAUCUGUGAAUUAAGAGUUUUCUGUCCAAUUUUCUUGGUUCUGUUUUUAAUUAUAGCUGAUCAGUAUAGAAAUUGCGAAAUUUGGUUUCAUCUGCAUUGGGGAUGGAAGUGCCGACAUGUCCCUUUCUCAGGAAAUGAACCAUUUCCUUUAUAUCAUUUCUCAGUUAAAUGGCUAUAACGUUGUGAAAGCAGCAUUUCCCAACAGGACAAUAUAAGCCAAUUCGAGUUUUAAGUAAGCUUGGGCUUUUCAAGCACAUUCUUGAGGUUCAUGCAGUAUCUGGGCAAGAGCUUCAAAAUUCAGCCUCGAGCUAGUGUCGAGCUUAAAAGGGAAAGGUACAAAAGGGGUCAACUAAUUUCUCAACAGUGUUAUGUCUCAGUAUGGAUUGUAGUGUGUCUUGUCAUGUGUUGCCGUUCAGCCAAGGUUUUAGUCCCUGCAGUUCCCUGAGCACGUUUGACCAGAGCAGCUGCAGCUUCUGCUGUUUUCCUUUGGCAAGUGCCAACAGCUGAAUUUUGUCAUACAGCCACUUGGACUUAAUUACUGCUUAGAUUAGAGCAGCCAAACUGGAUACCCACUUCAGCAAGGUUUUUUCUCCAGUUUUCCCUCAUCUUUUUCCCCUCCUGUGUUGCAUUCUAAUCUCCUAGAAAGGGAAUUUCCUAGAAUUAGAGAAAAAGUGGGUCACGUCUGUAAUUGUGACUGGGUUUCUACCAGAAUGUCACAAUAAACUGUUCCUGCUCGGCUUUCAUGCUGAGCACCAAGUACGCCCUGUUCUUACACAAGUAAAUGGGAAUUGAGGGGAUUCAGCACCUAACCAAGUCAGGUCCUAUUUUUCUUCAGGCCUGUCCAAGCUGGUGGAUUUAGGAGCUGACGUGGUGAAUUAACAUAGGUAAUUAGAGACGGCAUCUUGGCGCUAUGUUCGUAUCUUGGCUUGUGGGAAGUGGUGUUUGAAUCUGGGCACUAAUACCGCCGUGGUAUGCAUGGCUCUGUGAUGACGUGCUCUAGACAGCUGAAGGAGACUGCCAAAGAUCUGCUGUUCAAGGUAUAAUAAAUACCAAUGUUUUCCCUUUUGCUCAUCUGCUGUUAUAUAAAAUCUUCUCAGUUGAAUUCCUUCCUUACUUUUAAUUUCCUUAUACGUUGGGGAUCUCUGAGUUUAUCUGCCUAAUAUUCUGGGCUUCAGUGUGUGGCACAAAGGGAUUUGAUAAUAGGAUGCAGAGCUAUUCAACUCUCUGUUACUGGUUUGAGUCCAUCCUAAGUUAAUGAACUCAGUCCAGUUCCUAUUGGGCAAUUUGCUCAGGUUACCUAAGACCUCAUUGCUCUGAGGGUGGUUGGUCUUAACAAACUACACCUGGAAUGGGUUAUAUAGCAGGAACAGACAUUUCAGCCAUGGUUAUAUAGCAGGGAAGAGGUUGUGCAGUGUAAACUUACCUGUUUAUUGUACAGGCACAAACUGGGCAGUCAAAGCAAGUGCUGAAUUCACUUACAGCAAAACACUAGGCUCUCUCUUAGAGACUCAAAUGGACAAAUAAGUCCAUUCAAGCUUACAAGCUCACUGCCAUUCACCCGUUACGGUCACAAGAUACAGCGAGCAUAAGAAACCGAUUUUUGCCCACCGUGCUUACCCUUCAUUGGGAGCCUUAAAAUAUAUCUAGAUAUCUACGGAACCACAAGGAAAUGUAAACUUUGUCGGGCACAGAAGCCAGAAACCUUGAUGAAACCAAGGUAAUUUUCAAACUAUUAAAAUGUCAUGCUCUUUUCCUGACUGUGUGCAUGAGAAAGGGGAAGGAGGCUGAAAGUCCAGGUGCGAGGUAGCAGAAAGACUGAAGACACAAAAGCAAUGGGUGAUGGACGCAGCACUUGCCUGAAUAGGAAAGCCUGCAGCCUUUAAAGUGCUCAGAAACAAAAGAGACUGUCCUGGAAACAGGUUGGUAGAUAGAAAGAGAGAAAUCUUGCUCAUUUUAUGCAUGCUUAUAGCCCUUUGAGAGUGGUGGCUUUUUGAAACGGGUAAGUCUGGUCCCAUGAGUAUCACAAGCUAAGAGACACAGAAGCUUUUCACUCCACUGUUAGUUGGCUAGAUUUAGUAAUCCUUCUGUUAGAGGUUGCACCCCAAAUCCUUAACAAUUUUUGAAGAUCGUACAUGGUGCAAGGACAGGAGAUGCAAUGCAGACUCCAAUGGGUGGGUGAAGCACUGGCAUUCAGGGAUGCAGAAACCACUUUUAUCUGAUCUGCAGCCUGUUUAUCAGCCUAGAGAAGAGUAUUCAUGGGUAAUAAUGGAAGGAAAACACAGUUUUUAAACAACAAAUUGCCAUUGUAUUAGCUGGAGAAUUCACUGUAGAGAUCAGGCAUAUGCACAAGGCAUCUUAGCUCUUCUCUGUGCAUUGCACUGUUUCUGGAUAAGUAAGAAGCAGGCUACGGCCAAACAGUGAAAGAAACUAUGUUAGAGCACCAGGAUACAUUCAGUGCUUAAUUUUUGACAAUUACUUCUCUCUUCCCUCACCCCCGUCAAGAGUUAUCGCCACAGAAUUUGCUUAAUGGGGUUUAUAUGAUGUUAUGUGUAUCAUCGCUUAGUAUUGAAAUGAUUAGCUGUGAUUAAUCUGGCUCAUGCUGGGAAACUGUGUGAGUGUUUCUUUUUUCCUGAGGGUAUGUCUCAGUUUGUGUUAUAUUUGUAUAAUGCAAGUUGACAAGAACUACAGCAGAGAGAAAAUGGAACGAGAAGUUUGGAUUAAAUGUAUUUUUAUUAUAUCAGGAUGAUAAAGGGAUUAAUUGGGGAUGGGAGGCUGGAUACUGGCAGCCGUCGGAGCUAGAAGACUUGACAUUUGCUGUGAAUGUAGACUAUGAAUUGAGGGCAUCCCGUGCUAGUAUUUUCCAGCUUUUUUCCCCCUUCCCAAACUAGCCAGCUAUCACAUGCUUCCAUUUUUGGAGGAAGUUCUUAUACAAAUAUUUACCUUGUUAUCUUGUGUAAAUUCUAUGUUGUCUUAUGGAUUUCUGUACAUCUCACUGCGGGUUAUUACGUGUCAGGUCUUUGCACAGUCAUUCUGGCAGGUACUUUGUUGUUUAAAAAAAAAAAAGAACAAAAA